AUGCCGUUACUUGAGUCAGACGCUGCUAUGGCAGAGUCCUCAUCUAACGAUCUCCCGGAUCGACUCCCUUUUCCGCCCACCACCUACUCCCAUAUCUUGCAUUGCUCUUAUCAUGACUGGCACGCGCGGUACCGCACACUUGCUCCCAAGUCGCGCGUUAUUCCCCUGAGCCCUGCCUUUGUUGAAUACCUCCGCUCCGACGGCAUCGUUCUUCCACCUGAGACCGUCGCCCCAACCGAUGAUGAUAAUCUGGACACAUUCUCCGAUUCGGGCGAGGAGGAAGCCGAUCCAUCUACAGAGUGGCAGGAGAUUCACACUCAGAUCAAGAAUACCAUCUCUGAUCUCGGCGGCAUUGUCACGCCCAAAUUAAAUUGGAGUGCUCCCAAAGAUGCAACAUUCAUGGCCGCCACAAACGACCUCCAAUGCCGUUCCCCGAAUGACAUCUACCUCCUCUUGAAAAGCAGCGACUUCAUCACCCAUGACUUAGACCAUCCAUUUGAAGACUGUGUGCCGGAUGCGACCACCGACGAACCUACACCAUCCACCGUUGAUUCACCGCUACCAGAUGUGCCGUAUUCCCUGGUUCUCCGCAAAUACGUCAACUUCAACCCUUCACUCGAGUUCCGUUGCUUUGUUCGCAACCGCGUCCUGCUAUGCAUCACCCAGCGCGAUCAGAACCAUUUCGACUUCCUCUUUCCCAUGCGUGAUAUGCUCCGGUCUUGGAUCCAAUCAUUCUUCGAUGAAAAGCUCAAAGACACAUUCCCCGAAUCCAACUUCGUAUUCGAUGUAUACAUCCCCGCGCCACACCAGCGUGUCUGGUUGAUUGAUAUCAAUCCGUGGGCGCAGCGUACCGACCCGUUGACGUACAGUUGGUUGGAGAUUCUGCGGAUGAAAGAUCCGAUUGGUGUGCAAGAGGAAGAAGAUGAUGGGCCGGAAGAGUUUGUCAGAAUAUCACUCCAUGAUGGUAGAAUCAUCUCUACCGGCACGGCGGAAGAGCUCGAAAAAGAGGAUGAUCUAGAUUCGUCCGACUCGGAAGAACAUGAGGCCGCCGAAGGAGAUGACGAACAAGCCCCCUUCCUCCCGGAAUUCCGUCUCAUCAAAAAGGAUGAUCCUGAAGCGUACGCAUUCAGCUCUACUCAGUACUCGGCCCACAAGGUGCCGAAGGAGCUAGUCGAUGCUUCGCUCGAGGGACCUGGUGGCAUGAGUGAAUUCAUGGGCCAGUGGCAUGAUAUCCUGAAGAAGCAGGAGCAAGAGGAUCGGGCUGCUGGCAGUGACUCUGAAUAA